GCAUGCGUAGCCGGAAACAAGUGAAGAAGAAGUUGCUAUCUUCCGCUUGCUUGCUAGCUACUGCUGGGAAGUAGCGACACAAUUUUCAGGAAUAUAUCAUAAUGAGUUAUGCAGAGAAGCCGGAGGACAUAACAAGGGAAGAGUGGAUGGAUAAACUCAACAAUGUCCACAUUCAGAGAGCGGACAUGAACAGGCUUAUUAUGAAUUACCUUGUGACAGAGGGUUUCAAGGAGGCAGCAGAGAAGUUCAGAAUGGAGUCAGGGAUCGAGCCCAGUGUGGAUUUGGACUCCCUAGAUGAAAGAAUCAAGAUCAGAGAGAUGAUCUUGAAGGGACAGAUCCAGGAUGCCAUUGCACUGAUCAACAGUCUGCACCCAGAACUGCUGGAUACAAACCGUUACCUCUACUUUCACCUACAGCAGCAGCAUCUGAUUGAGCUGAUUCGUUUGAGGGAGACUGAAGCGGCCCUUGAAUUCGCUCAGUCUCAGUUAGCAGAGCAGGGCGAAGAGAGCCGAGAAUGUCUGACCGAGAUGGAGAGGACGCUGGCCCUGCUGGCGUUCGACAACCCUGAGGAGUCACCUUUUGGAGACCUGCUCAAUAUGAUGCAGAGACAAAAGGUCUGGAGUGAAGUGAAUCAGUGUGUGCUAGACUAUGAAAACAGAGAGUCAACACCCAAGCUGGCCAAACUUCUGAAGCUGCUUCUUUGGGCUCAAAAUGAACUUGACCAAAAGAAAGUGAAGUAUCCCAAAAUGACAGACCUCAGCAAGGGAACCAUUGAAGACCCCAAAUAAGGACCCACAGUGAAAACAUACCACAACAGGGCACGUUUCCUUUAUCUAUUUAUACCCCUCAACAAACUGACUCAUAGAGAGCUCAACCUUUUCUUUUUUGUAAGGGUUGCUUUUUGAUACUUUAAUAACGUAGAAGGUGCAAACUGGAUUGAUGGCAUUUCAAAAUGACUUCUCACACUAAAAGUAACAUGCAGACCAUUAUUUUACUUGGUAUAAUUAUUUACAUAUUUGUUUAUGUAAAAUGAGUUCACUAGUUUUUCUGUCUGUUGGCAGGGAAAGUUGCUUGCAUAAGAGGACGUGAAUGAAGCCUAAAUUAGGCUGUCACUUUUGGUGUGUGACCACUAAGAGGGGGCGAACUUUGACGUUUCAGAAAAAAAAAAGUUUGCUUAAUGUGCACUGCCACACAUACACACAAACCUUUUUUUCUUACAAAACACAAAUAUUUCAGCUAUAGUCUGUUAGAAAGUGAUCUAUUUGACGGCACUAGGCAAAGUGAGAUACUCGGGAUGUUUGAAACUACUGUGAAAUUGAAAGUUAAAUUCAGCUUUAGACUCAUAAUGCUUUAUUGCUUGAUAUUUUACAAAUAUGCUGAGAUAGAGGAACACAUAGUCACAUUGCAGUAGCAUAUAACAAGUGGAACAGGGCAAGAUUUCUGCAAACUGUGACUGCUCAAGCAUAAAAGCAGCCUCAGAUUCAUACUGUUAUCAAAUAUCACUGAUUAUUAAAGAUGUGAAUAAAUACAUCUAUGUCCACAGACAUGGAGAAACUUUACAGAUGGAUUAUUUACAUGUAUAAGUAGCUCUUUUUGCUAAAUUUGAUGUGCUUUUUUUUUUGAUGGGAUAUUAUUUUGCAAUAAAAGUUAAAUUUUAAACUGCGCAAAUCAGA